AUGUCUCGUAGAUUUGAUUUGAAGACCAUUACUGACCUCUCCGUUUUAGUCGGAACUGGAAUAUCCUUAUAUUAUUUGAUUAGCCGAUUACUCAACGAUGUCGAGUCAGGGCCUUUAUCAGGCAAAUCAAAAGAAUCAAAGGCCAAGCAGUCUUUACAGUGGGAAAAAUUGGUGAAAAGAUCACCUGCACUGGCGGAAGUAACACUAGAUUCAUAUGAAAGGACUAUACUAUCAUCGAUCGUUACCCCCGAGGAAAUAAAUAUCACAUUUCAAGAUAUUGGUGGUUUAGACCCGCUUAUUUCAGAUUUGCACGAAAGUGUUAUAUAUCCCUUGAUGAUGCCGGAGGUAUACUCCAAUAGCCCUCUGCUUCAAGCUCCCAGUGGAGUUUUGUUAUAUGGGCCUCCGGGAUGUGGUAAAACCAUGUUGGCAAAGGCCUUGGCUAAAGAAAGUGGUGCCAACUUCAUCUCCAUAAGAAUGUCAUCUAUCAUGGAUAAAUGGUACGGCGAAUCUAACAAAAUAGUGGAUGCAAUGUUUUCAUUGGCGAACAAGUUACAGCCUUGUAUAAUAUUCAUCGAUGAAAUUGAUUCAUUCUUAAGAGAACGCUCUUCCACAGAUCACGAGGUCACUGCAACUUUAAAAGCCGAAUUCAUGACUUUGUGGGAUGGUUUAUUGAGCAAUGGAAGGGUGAUGAUCAUCGGUGCCACCAACCGGAUAAACGACAUAGAUGAUGCGUUUCUAAGAAGAUUGCCAAAGAGAUUUCUUGUAUCAUUACCUGGUUCUGACCAACGUUAUAAAAUACUAGGCGUUCUAUUAAAGGAUACUAAACUUGACGAAGAUGAUUUUGAUUUGCAAGUAAUUGCAGAUAAUACCAAAGGGUUCUCUGGGUCAGACUUGAAAGAGCUAUGUAGAGAGGCGGCCUUAGAUGCAGCAAAAGAAUAUAUCAAACAGAAAAGACAACUAAUUGAUAGUGGUAAAAUCGACGCCAGUGAUAAUUCCUCUCUGAAGAUAAGGCCAUUAAAAACAAAGGAUUUUGCAAGAAAGUUAAGACUAGACGUUACAAGUACACUAGCAUCUCAACCUCUGGAUUAG